AUGAGGAACUUCGUUGGGAAAUUGGUGCUCUCUUUGCUAUGCAUCUCACUCUUCCAAGGAUGCAUGGUCCAGUCUGUGGAAUAUGAUCACACGGCUAGCAUUGAGUGCCUCCGCGAUCCGAUGAAGCCCCUCUACAAAGGAGGCGUCAUCCAGAACGGCGAGUUCAACAAUGGACUGAUGGGGUGGUCGACGUACCAGAACAUAAAGGCCGGCGUCGCAAAGUCGCCGUCCGGCAACAGGUUCGCCGUGGUGCAUGGCGCGAGCAGCUCCCUGUCGGGCAACGGCGAUGCUGCCGCCUCACCGUCCCACAGCGUCUACCAGAAGAUCCAGAUGCAGGGCGACACCCACUACUCGCUAUCAGCAUGGUUACAAGUGUCGGCCGGCGCGGCCCACGUGAGGGCGGUGGUCAAGACCCCCAACGGCGAGAACAUCACCGCCGGAGCCGUGGACGCCCAGUCCGGCUGCUGGACCAUGCUCAAAGGUGGUAUGACGGCGCAGGCUUACCAUUCUGGGCAAGGAGAGGUCUUCUUCGAGAGCGACGGGCCCGUGGACAUCUGGGUGGACAGCGUCUCCCUGCAGCCCUUCUCCUUCGAGGAGUGGGACAGCCACACGCGCCAGUCAGCCAACAAGGCUCGCCGGAGCACCGUCAAGUUCAUCGCGAGGGGCGUUGAUGGCGCGCCGAUGGCGAACGCUAACGUGAGCAUCGAGCUCCUCCGUGCCGGAUUCCCGUUCGGCAACACGAUGACAAAGGAAAUCCUCAGCCUCCCGGCCUACGAGAAGUGGUUCUUUUCGCGCUUCACUGUGGCCACCAUGGAGAACGAGAUGAAGUGGUACAGCACCGAGUGGAACCCCAACCAGGAGGACUACCGCAUCCCAGAUGAUAUGCUCAAGCUCGCCCAGAAGUACGGCGUCAAGGUGCGGGGGCACAAUGUGUUCUGGGACGACCAGAACUCGCAGAUCAAGUGGGUGAGGCCAAUGAACCUUGAUCAGCUCAAGGCGGCAAUGCAGAAGCGGCUCAAGUCCGUGGUGUCACGGUACGCCGGGAAGCUCAUCCACUGGGACGUGGUGAACGAGAACCUGCACUUCAACUUCUUCGAGACCAAGCUAGGCCCCAACGCGUCGCCCAUGAUCUACCAGCAGGUCGGCCAGAUCGACCACACCGCCAUCCUCUUCAUGAACGAGUUCAACACGCUUGAGCAGCCCAUGGACCCCAACGGCACGCCCACCAAGUACGUCGCCAAGAUGAAGCUCAUCAAAGGCUACCCCGGCAACGGCGGCCUCAAGCUCGGCGUCGGGCUGGAGAGCCACUUCUCCACGCCCAACCUCCCCUAUGUCAGGGGCGCCCUCGACACGCUCGCGCAGCUCAAACUGCCCAUGUGGAUGACCGAGGUCGACGUCGUUAAGGGCCCCAACCAGGUCAAGUUCCUGGAGCAGGUGUUGAGGGAAGGGUACGGCCACCCCGGCGUGCAGGGCAUCGUGAUGUGGGCGGCGUGGCACGCAAACGGAUGCUACGUCAUGUGCCUCACGGACAACAACUUCAACAACCUCCCAGUCGGCGCUCUCGUCGACAAGCUCAUCGCCGAGUGGAAGACCCACAAGACGGCCGCCACCACUGACGCCAAUGGAUUGGUCGAGCUGGACCUCGUCCAUGGCGAUUACAAGCUAACGGUGAACCACCCGUCGCUCCAUACAGCCGCCACCAAGACCAUGACGGUGGAUGCGACAUCCGACCACACCAUCAGUUUGAAGGCGUAG